AGUUGGGCCCGCGGGUUUAUGAAAAGCCCUAUUCACACUGCAUUUUCCAAACAGAACUCCUAUCAGAGUCCAAAUGCUCCGACACAAACUGGAGAGUCUAUUAGAACAGAAGAAGGGCAUCUUUGACAAAUAGUGAAAAAUGGAAGCUGACAAGGCAAUUCUCAUCGAAGUCUUCGGCGAAUCAUCGGGCAGCGAAGAAGAAGAAGGAUCUCAGCCGAAAUCUAGAUACUGUUGGGAACGAUUCGGAGAAAUCAAAGGAUUGUGGCUCUGCAGAGACUUCCUUUCUACCCAACGCCAAUCGUCCUUGCUCUCGGCCAUCCAAAACGAAGGAUGGUUUUCUGAAGCCUCCAACAAUCAGGCUAUGAGGUUUGGAGAGCUUCAACCAUGGGCAAUUGAGAUUUCUGAUUCUAUUCGUGAUGCGGUAAUUUCGAGCCACCAAGAUGUUGAUCUUGAUCAUCCAAUGGAGUUGGGAAGUUGCAAUGGCCUACACGAAGCCUCUCCAUUUCCAUUUCCGUCUCAUUUGUUAUCAAGAAACCCACUCUUUGACCAACUCAUUGUGAAUCUGUAUCAUCCAGGGGAGGGAAUAUGUGCACAUGUUGAUCUUAUGAGAUUUGAAGAUGGGAUUGCUAUCGUCUCCCUAGAGUCAUCUUGUGUGAUGCAUUUCAACCGAGUUGAUGAGGGAACAACUAGUGAUAAAGAUCAUGAUAAUGCUCAAAGUAUGAAUAUGAAGAUUCCGGUUUAUCUGACCCCGGGUUCUUUGGUUCUAAUGUAUGGAGAAGCACGCUAUGUGUGGAAGCAUGAGAUAAAUCGGAAGCCAGGAUUUCAGAAGUGGAAAGGGCAGGAAUUACAACAGAAGAGGAGAAUCUCCAUUACCCUGAGGAAGCUCGCCCAGGUUGACUAGCACUUUUCACCACCAUAUUUGGACCUUACACACACAACUACACUAUUUAUCAUGCUGAAAACUUGUAGAGGUUGAUUUUUUUUUUAUUUUUUUAUUUAUUUUAUUUUGGGAUGACUUUCAACCUAAAAAUUUUGAUGAAUUGUAAAGGUGGAAGUUGCUUAAUCGUUUUGUCAUCCUAUUGCAUCAUUUUCCGGCUUAUGCUUGGUGUUAAAAGAAAGAUUUCUCUCUCUCUCUCUCUCUUUAAUUAUUUAACUAAGCUAAAGUUUUAGAACCACACUUUUCUUAGCAGUUGGAACCAAGUACAAAAGUGCAAGGUUGGUUU